AUGACAACUACUAUGGCCGACGACUUCGGAAUAGGUUCAGAUGCCGCCGAUCGGCGUGACUACGCGUUAGCAGAAGACGCAGGCAACUGUGGAUGGGCUCGUUCUGAGAGUUGUGAGCACGCAAAUCGGCUGCAACAGGAGGCCGGCUCUUUCGAGGCUGUGGUCUGUUGUGUACAGCGCGUUUAUCGACCGGCAAGCCGCCGGGUCCCGUUUGAGAGGGUCGGGCCGAGGUCGCGAGAGGCAGUGGCGACUUCGUGA